AGUCCAUUGUGCGUCAUUUUCCUCAAUAGAGUAAACAUCGGGAUCCGGCAAUUUCGUAAUCAUGAGAGCACCGAUAAGAAAGGGGAGCUGCUCUCCCCCCCGUUUAUUGUUUAUCGUUCUGCGUGUCAAAGUGCGAGCACGAAUCUCGUAAAUAACGCGCGUUGCGAGUGUCGGAGACGAUCGUCGAGUAUUUCGCGUUCGAACGUCAGUCGAAGUGUCACCUGUCAAAAGUGACGUUCGAACGUCAAAAGACAAUUGAUCGAGAUCAAUAAUUCUGAAAUAAUUUCACGUGAAUAAAUUCCUCGCGCGACGAAUAAUAAUUCCAGGAAGGACCUUAAACUCGAUUGUCAUGGUGCAUAAAUAUUUAUAGAUUUACUCCCUUUCAUCCCUUCGUUUCUUGCUCGAUCCUUAACCUUUUUUGCAUCCCACGUGUUUAAAGUUAAAAAAAAAACGUUUAGUUGACACAUCUCGAGAUUCGAUUCUGUGCAGAAAAAAUUGGAAUUAAAGAUUCGGGAAAAAUAAUAGAACAAAUGUUGAGGCGCAAAUGAAAUAUGAGGAAAAUUGUUCGUUUAAUUUUAAUGCGCAUGCGUCAUAACAAUGAUUUUCCCGCCAACAAACCUAUAACACGUGUUCGUUUGUUUUGAUUCCAGUCUUGUCAGAGAAUAAACAAGAGUAAAAACAAAAACACUACCCCUACUCCAUUCUUGAGAGUUAUUUAUUUAGUUUAAUUCGAGCCUAUUCGCUGUUGCCAAAUUUUGUGAAUCCUAGAAAUUUCUUAUAAAAUAGAAACUCGGCCUAAAAAACUUCAGACACAUCAGUUCGGUUUCAAUUCGGAAGGACAAAUUUUCCAGAAACCUUAAGUGCAUUUACUGGGAACUAUGAUAUCCUAAACAGGUUUAUUGCUGUUUCUUCAUUUAUUUAUCAACAUCUCAAAGACAUUCAAAAUGUCUUGGUCUAUUAUAAGAGAUGAUCGUAAGCGACAGGAGGAUGAAAUGACUGCUCUUUCCAGUAUAUUCGACGAAAACGAAUUCUCCUGCACGAGGAGCAAGCAGAUAAGAUGUAUAUUUAACAUAUUUCCCAAACUUCAUAAAAAGUUAGAAGUGAACUUUACCAAUCGCUGCUCCAACAAUGGAUUUCCCAAUACAAUUGAGAAAAUUUCUAUCGAGCACCUGCCACCAAUCAGAUUGCACACUAAACAUCCAGCUACAUAUCCAUCUCAAAAGCCACCAAAUUUCUGCUUGUCCAUCACCUGGUUGACUCCCUGGGAGAUAUCCUUCAUCUGUCAGAAGUUGGACGAGAUGUGGGAGAAGAAUCAGGGGAGCGAGAUACUGUUCCUGUGGCUGGACUUCUUGCAAAAUAAUCUCUUUAAUUUUCUUGGCAUACACAAUUCCCUAGACGCUUCCUUCAUGCACCUAAUUCGCACAGGACCAGGUGACUGUAUCACAUUCAACCUAACACGCUUAUCUGAUCCCAGAGCCAUAAAUAGCGCUUUGUGUUUAGAUCUCAAACAAUUAUUAAUGUCCUACGACAGAGAGCAGCAUAUGAAGCAAUUCGACAAUAACUUUUACACUUGUCACAUAUGCUGCGAGGAACUCAGGGGAUUGCAUUGCAUAGAAUUGAAGAACUGCGGACACGUUUAUUGCAGAAGUUGUAUAGAGAAAUAUGUGCGUAUUAAAAUUAACGAGCACAUUAAGAUAAUAGCCUGCCCGACAUUGGACUGCAGUUUCGAAAUGCACGAUAACGAUAUCAAAAGUCUCUGUUCUGCGAGCCUGUUUUCGCAACACGAGAAACACGUGUUGCAAAAAACGUUGGACACCAUGGAUGAUAUAAUUUACUGUCCUAGAAAUUCCUGUCAAUAUCCAAUGAUCAGGAAUCCGAGUGACACUGCACCGAUCUGUCCCAUUUGCAGCUAUUGUUUCUGCGUAUACUGCUGUAAGGCAUACCAUGGAGCUGCGCUGUGCGAGAUAGCGUCGGAUGAUGUUAAGGAACUCAUUAACGACUACAGGAACAGCGAUGAUAAGAAAAAGAAGCAUUUAGAAAAGAAGUACGGCAGGCGACAAAUAAAAUUGGUCGAAGAGAGUCUUACAACUGAAUAUUUGCGAGAUAACGCGAAAAAUUGCCCCAAGUGCCAUUCUCACAUCAGCAAGAUUGAUGGCUGCCACAAAAUGGUCUGUAAAAUCUGCCAAUCUUGUUUCUGUUGGUUGUGCGGUCAGCAAAUUACUUCGAUAAAUGGGUAUGAUCAUUUCACUGACGCCAACAGUCUGUGUUUUGGACGUUUGUUUGAGGAUAUAACCGAUGACAAUUACGAUAAUAAUAUGGAAAUAAUGGAGAUGGAGAAUUUUCAGUUUGAGCUAGAUUUCGACUAGGGCUAUGGAGAAAUUUUGGAAAAUUAAGAUAUAUAUAAUUAGAAAGAUAAAUCUUUAAAUUUAUCUAAAUAC